AUGUCUGAUUGGUGGCUUGCCAAGCCUUGCCUUCCACUCCAGGGUUUAGCGGUUGGUGGCAUUGCUUAUGGCCAGAGAGAGAGAAUGUUCUUAUCGACAGUGAUUGCAAAGAGGCACGAGGCGAAUGUCUUGGAGACUGAAGACGGAGUCACUCUUCACUUUAGUAGUUUCAUUAACAGCUCUCGCUCGUUUCAGAAUGGCUUCCCACGUGAGGUAUGUGAAGACUUCUUGUUGGGAUUUCCAGACGAUUGGCAAAAGUACACUGCUCAUAGUUUUAGAGCUAAAUGUGUCGAUGGGGAUACUGGAUUUUGUGAGCUAAAUGCUUCUUUACACAAUAGGGCUAUUGAUCCUAUCCCAUUUUCCAUUCGUGAUAAUCGUUCGGCAGAGAGACAUGAUUUUUCAUCGUCCAAUGAUGGAAUUCUCGAAGCAAAAACGAAUAUCUGCAAUGAACCAGAGAAUUCAAUUGCCAAUGUUUUAAAGCAAUCCGUAUCAAAAAAUAGUGUGGAAUGCAGCAAUAGCAAGAAAACUGUGGAGGGUGAACGCAAGGACAAUAUUGUGAGUCUUAAAUCGUCUCAGUCACUUGUUGACACGAUGGAUGAUGGUGAAAAUGGAGUCUUAGUAGCUGCACCAAUAAGCCAAGUUGGAAAUCCAAACAACGAUCAAUCUUUGACAGGUGUGUUUGACCGGAAUCCAUGUAAAGUUCAUUCUGGGAAAAGCAUGGUUGGAUCUCCAGUUUCGACAACGAAAAUCAGAGUAACACAAUCAUCGGGUGACUGCAAGGAGGAACAUGUUAGUCACACUAGAAAAUGUUCGAAAAAAAAUCUCACAUCACUCAAAGAAACCAGUUCUUGUCCAGUUAGAAGAUCUCCCAGGCUGCAAAGUAAACGAAAUGAGCAAGUAAAACCUGUAUGAGAAACAAGUCGUCAUUCUUUGUUGCGGUAAGAAAUGGAUUAAUUGUUGUUGUUUUGUCAUUGUGUCUUUGCAAUAGGUUUGAGAACGAAUUGAUUCAA